UCUCAAAAUAAACGUGCUCGUGUGGUGUAGCGUGCCGGUCGAAUCGAAUUUGUUGGAUUUUGUAAUAAAAACGAAUACUUUAUCCGAUUCAUUAAAGCUGUGCGGCUGUGACACGAUACUGUAGUCUUUAAUUUGAUUGGAAACAAAAUGUUGCUCGCAGAAGAACCAGUUGAAAGUGUGGAACCUUCAAAGAAUGGUGUACCUGAGAAAUUUAGGGCAGAAUUUGCCGACAGUAGCGAAAGUGAAUCAAGCUUUACGGAUGAGGAUGAUUCCGAUGAGGAGCUACGUCAAGCAUUUCUUCGCAACGAAUUGAAGCCGGGUUUGAACGUGAUAGUGCAGAACGAACGCGCCCCGCUGUAUGAUACGGUCAAGCUAAAGGCUUCGAUAGAAGCAUGCACCCUGAAAGCGCCCUGGUUGGAGCGUAUGGAGCUGGUGAACGAUCUGGCCCCGCUCACACCGGAGCUUGCAAUACAGAUCGAAAAGCACGAGCAAAAGCGUGCCAACCAGUUCAAGGGCAACCGCAAGAUACCGUACGUCGCGCCGGAAACCGACACCGUGUUGAACGACUUCAAGCGGGAGAUACUGUUCCACCGGCAGGCCCAGGCCGCCACCAUCGAGGGCAUCCGGAAGCUGCACGAGCUCGGUGUCGCGACCAAACGCCCGGAUGACUACUUUGCCGAGAUGGCCAAAACGGACGAGCACAUGCAGCGCAUCCGGAAGGUGUUGCUCGACAAGCAGGAAGGUAUUGCCAAGUCGGAGCGUAUUCGGCAGCUGCGGGAGCAGCGCCGCAUGGGCAAGCUAAUACAGCGCCAGGCGACGGAGAAGCGUGACGAGGAGCGAAGAAAAAUGCUGGGCGACAUUAAGAAGUUCCGCAAGGGUAAACUAUCCAAUCUUGACUUCCUGGACGAUGACGACGGACCGCGGGGUGAGUUCCGCAAGUCGGGCAAGGGGCCGGGUAACGGGAAGAAUGGAAAGCGGGCCGUCAGUGGUAAGCGGAAGGCACGCGAUGCAAAGUUUGGGUUCGGCGGACGGAAGAAGGGCAAGAAGCAAAACACCCGCGAGUCGUGCAUGAAUGAUGGUCCGCCCCGCAGCAAGGGUGGCGCGGGAAGGAAGGGAGUGAAAGGGGCGGGAGCGAAAAAUCGGCCAGGAAAAUCGCGCCGAGCACAGGCGAAGGGUGGUAAGGGUGGUGGUCGCAAGAAGUGAACUCUCCCACCCGCCUAAACGCUUGCCGUUGUGUGCAACCUAUAGAUCGUUAAUGGUGGUGAACACUUGACGAUAAUGUACAUUUAAUGUAUACCAUAAGCCUUUUUUUGCUCGUAUCUUAAGUUUUUCUUCCUUUUGCAUACAGAAUAAAGCAUAAAUGCAUGGCGACCAUUAUGCGCUAAGU